AUGCUUCUUCGAAUCAGGUCGCCAGAUGGCUCGUUCAGGAUAGAGGUGCAGGGUGAUACACCCGGGGAAGAAUUUGCUGAGAAGAUCGUGGCCCUUAUCCCGGGACGAGCUGCUCCUGGUAGCGUCAAGCUAGCUAAUCGACCAAAAGGUGGAGAAGAGGUUCCUAUGGACGCCCUGAACGGGAGGAAAGUGGGAGAUAUGGGUUUCAAUCAUGGAGACAUGCUCUUCCUGUCUUACCAAGCCGAGGCGGCGCAGACAGAAGCGCCCGUAGCGGUACCAUCAUCGUCUAGUAUACAGCAACGUACGGCACAGACACUCAGUGGCAAGACCGUGGUUGUUCCAGCAGACGAGUCGAAGCUGCAUUCGGCACCAACGGGCAGUAAUGGAGAUCGCUCAGGACACGCCACUAUCAGUGGGGGUCCCAAUGAAGCGGCACUUACGAAGCCUUUAUUUGACCUAUCCAAAAUCAAGGAGAUGCCGGUAGACAACUUCUGGAGGGCCAAGAAUGGAAAGAUCCCGAGGAAGAGGGACGAAAAGAUGUGCAAGCACGGAGGCAAGGGAAUGUGUGACUACUGUAUGCCGCUCGAGCCAUACGACGCAGAAUAUCACACUCAGCACCAGAUCAAGCACCUGUCAUACCACGCCUACCUGACAAAGCUGCAGGCUGGAAACUCGCAGAACACAUCAUCGACAGCCAACUUACCGCCUCUCACCCCUCUCAAUUACCGUGUUGCGAUCCCUUGCCCAUCUGGUGCUCAUGCUUCAUGGCCAGCAGGAAUCUGCUCGAAAUGUCAGCCUUCCGCCAUUACGCUCCAAUCUCAACCUUAUCGGAUGGUCGACCACGUCGAAUUCGCGUCGGCCGACCUGAUCAAUUCGUUUCUGGAUUCGUGGAGAAAGACGGGUUACCAACGUUUCGGACUGCUGAUUGGGAGGUACCAACCAUACGAAGAGGUCCCGAUGGGUAUCAAGGCCGUGGUGGAAGCCAUCCACGAGAUUCAGCAAGAUCAUGAGAUUGAUGGGAUCGGGCUCGGUGACGAUUUCCGGGAGGAGAUGACGAGGGUCAACGAGGUCGCAAAGCACAUUUCAUCGGACCUCCGUAUCGUCGGUAUGAUUUACACCGAUCUGACUCCUGAGCCAGAGGACAAGACCAAGAUUCAAUACAAGCGACAUGGUCAAUCCUAUUUCUUUUCCAGCUUGGAGACAAUCUUCUCGGCGCAGAUGCAGCUUCUUUAUCCCACCGCCACGAGAUCGUCUCCAACUGGAACCUACUCCUCCCGCUUCGUGACCUGUGUCCUCACGGGAGAUCAAAGCGGAGGAGCGGAAGCACUCGCGUUCCAAGUGGCGGAACAGGGGGUUGCUAUGGUACAAGCCGAUAUGAUCGAAGCGAGUGUGGAUCCUGGCACGGUCAGGGUGAAACAGGAGGAGAGCACGAGAUACGUGCCGGACGUCUUCUACAGCCACAAGAACGAGUACGGGCUCCAGGUGAAGGAGAAUGCCAAGCCAUGUUUCCCUGUGGAGUAUUUGCUUGUGACCCUUACUCACGGAUUCGUCAAGCAACCCCGACCGCUAUUCAAGUCGCUCGAAUUUCCCAUCGAAAACCGAUUUGACAGUCACCAGACUCUCGAGAAACCCGCCCGACAGAUCAGGCAGAUCAUUCCCGAUCUCGAUAACAAGGACGUCAUUACGAUAGACGAUCUCACGCAGGAUCAGCAAUCGGCCUUGGUCAAGGCCUUUAGCGAUUGGCAUUUCUUCUGUUUCCUACCUCAAUCUGGGUUGUUUGACGAUGCUGCGCUCAAGGUCGUCGGGAGGAUUGUGACCGCGUCCGAAACGGGUGAUGCUACCGCGUUGCCGGACCUGCUCAAAUCUGAUGCCUGGAGUGCACUGAUAGAGAUCGCCAAAUCUUUACAAGCUGCUAAACCCGCUCAGACGAUGGGCAACGACGGCUUCGAGGAAAUUCCCCAGCACCUGUUGGACGAGAUCAACGGUGCCGGUGGCAGCGUCGUGGGAUCUUCCGCGGCACCUGCGGAGCCGAGUGGACCCAAGGCUUGUCCUCACUGCACAUUUGAGAAUCCACCCAGCAACAACGAUUGCGAGCUGUGUGGUCUGCCCCUGGCAGGAUAA